AUGAAAAGAUUAUUUCAUAAACUAAAUUUGGAGACAGAAAAAAAGAUCACUUAUGAACAAACUCAUAGAAAAAGUUUCUUUUAAAAAGAUUUUGAAAGAAUGCAAUGGAAUAGAUCUAAAAUACCUAAAAUGACUACUGAAUUAAAUAUAGUUUAAAUAGUUGUGAUGGAAUCUAAAUAACAUUAAAAAAAGAUUUAAACCAUUAUGGUUCAUGAGAACAUCAUAGUUAAAUAGAAAAAAGAUGUAUUUAUGAAAUAUAUAUAGGGAUCUUUAUGUUGGAUUGAUUAUGAAAAUUCAAUAUUAGAAAAUAUUCAUCAUUCUUAAUAUGGGGAAGGAAUCAGAUUAGUUAAAUGCUUUGAUUAAUUGGAAAUGUUUGGAGAAAUGGAUAGAUUUAUGAGUGUAUUAAAGAAGUUCACUAUUCAAUUAGAAUUUCUAUCUUAUUAUCAAAUCUUGAAGAAAAUUAGUUCUAAUGAUAAAACUGAGGUUAUUAUAUUAAAUAAUUAUCAAGGUAUUCAGAAUAAGAAGUAAAAAGGACAGAAAUGAUUAUUAAUGCAAAAUAUAUUUUAAAAAGAUGAUAAAUUCUACAAUUGAAGCAACAAUAGAAAAGGAAUUACGUAUAUUAAGAAGGAUAAAUGAUGAAAAUAUAUAAAAAUAUUGUGAAACAUUUGAAAGUUAAGAUUAAGUAAUAAUAGUUUAAGAAUUUAUAAUUGGAGGAAAUCUUGAUUUAUAUUUAUAAAAAUGGCCUUUACUAUCAGAAGAAAAAGCUUCUAAACUGUUUUUUAAAUUAUUUAAAAGCUUAGCCUACUUACAUUCUAAAGGUAUAAUGCAUAGAGAUCUUAAACCAGAAAAUAUUGGAUUAAGACUUAAUGGUAAUUUAGAUAAUCCUUGUAUUACUUCAUUUGGAUUGGCUGACACUAUCAAAAUUAAUAAUGAUUCUGAUUCAGAUGAUGAUAUAAAAGAUUAUUUAUUUUUAAGAUGUGGAACACCAGGUUUUGUUGCUCCUGAGAUAUUAAAAAAUUAAGAAUAUAAUUGUAAAGUUGAUGUUUACAGUGUCGGAAUCAUUCUUUAUUAUUCCUUAACUGGAAAAAAACCUUUUGAUUCAGAAAAUUAUAGAGAAAUAAUCGAAAAAAAUGAAGAAGGCAAUAUUGAAUUCCAAAAUUUAAAAUUAUCUAAAGAAGGAUUUCAUUUUAUUGAAAGUAUUCUUUAAUCAGAUCCUAAAGAAAGAAUUACGUCGUAAAUGGCAUUAAAUCAUAUUUGGUUUAGAAAUGAGAAAAUCACAAAGUUAAUGGAAUUAAAAGUAUAAAAGAAAUUGAAAAAAAUUUAAUUUAAAAGUCCUUAAUAUAGAUAAAGUAUCUAACAUCAAUCUAAUUUACCUCCUCUUUAAUCAAGUAAAUAAGGAUUAGAUUUGACUUAUGGAAGUCCUAGAUAAUCUCAUUUCACAAAUGGAUAAAGAGAUUCUCUCUAUACAAAUUCUACUCACAGAAUAAGCCAUUUAAAUGGUAGUUUUAGUCCUAAAGAUAUAACUUAACUACCUAAAUAAUAAUAUCAUAGUUUAUAUAGCAAAAUAAAUGAAGUUUCUCCUUAAAUGCUUGCGAAAUCUUAAAAGCCUUCUCAAGUACUUUCAUUCUAAUAUCCAUUCAUGAAAUUAAAAAAUAAAAAUAAAGUUAUUGAUGAUAUUUGA